CAUAGAUUUUACUUGGUCUUUAAGACUUUUUCUUUUUCUCCUUUCUUUCCAUCCAAACAUGAAUUUCUUGCAUUACUUAAUUUUAAUAGGAUUGGCUUUCUUUUUCACCUUCUUGACUAUCUAUUCUCCAGAAAUAUUUAACCUGUCAAACAAUUUAGCCCUUCAUCAAUGGUUUCCAUUUCAAAAGGAGCAAAAUUGUGACUUAUUCAGCGGCCAUUGGAUUCCUGACCUGAGAGGUUCUCAAUACACGAAUGUGAGCUGCCCAUCAAUCCCUGACUCAAAAGAUUGUUUCAAACAUGGAAGACAAGAUACAGAUUUUUUGAACUGGAGAUGGAAACCUGAUGCUUGUGAACUUGCAAGAUUCGAUCCCAGGAUUUUUUUCGCCCUUGUUCGAGGAAAGACAAUGGCAUUUGUAGGAGACUCGGUUGCUCGAAACCAUGCAGAAUCACUUCUGUGUCUUUUGUCGCCGGAGGAAACCCCAUUGAGCACCUUUAACGAUCCUGAUGAUCGUUUUCGAACUUGGAAAUUUCCUGACAAUAAUUUUACUGUAAUGGUGCUGUGGACUAGGUUCUUGAUUACUGGACAGGAGAGAGUGAUUAAUGGGACAAAUUCAGGUACCUUUGAUUUGCAUUUAGACAAGAUUGACAGGAAUUGGACAAGUAAACUUCCUGAAUUGGACUAUGCAAUAAUAUCAGAUAUGCAUUGGUUUUACAGGAAGAAUUUCUUAUAUGACAAUGGAAAUAUUAUAGGAUGCAUAUUUUGUGACGAACCGAAUAUCAAAAACUAUAAUAUUGAAUUUGCCCUUCAAAGAAUAAUAAGACUUGUGCUAAACUACAUUAAUAAUUGCAAAGAAUGCAAAGACAUAGUCACCUUCUUAAGGACAUACUCACCUGCACAUUUUGAGAAUGGGUCCUGGAACACAGGAGGAAACUGUAACAGAACUAAACCUUUAGAUGAAGGAGAGUUUAACCUGGAAAGUUCAGAUUGGAAGCUUCGAAGCAUUCAAGUAGAAGAGAUAGAGAAGGCAAGGAAAGUAGAGAAAAAAGGGAAAAGAUUUGAAGUUUUGGAUAUAACCAAGGCUAUGUUAAUGAGACCUGAUGGUCAUCCUGAUUCUUACUGGGAUAAUCAAUGGAUGAAAGGUUACAAUGACUGUGUUCAUUGGUGCUUGCCAGGUCCUAUUGAUGUGUGGAAUGAUUUAUUGAUGGCUUUGCUUAAAAGAUAUGCUGAUUUCUCUAAACUAAAGGAGAUAAAUGAAUGAAAAACUUAUAUUAUGUACAAUAUCAUAGAAGUUCUACUUGUUUGAACCACAAGAAUUGGAGUUUGUAGUAUUGUUGGUGUUAAUGUAAAAGGAAAAGAUUAGCUACAAUUUCCUUGAUCCUACUAAAAGAAUACAGGAAUAUUUCUCUCUUGAUGUUAUGUAUUUCGAAAAUGUAUUUGAAGCUAUAUAAAAAUGUAUCCGAGACGUGUAUGUUUCUACUU